AAUCGUCCUUGAAGGCAGCAGGAGUAGGCGGAUUAAACUUGGCUCCCAUUUGCACUCAGGAUUUGGGUACAUGAGAAUUCCAGUGCUAUGGAAAUCAGCGGGCUGUGGUCUGGAGUGCACGUCUGUGGGCUCUGUUAAAAAGCAGUUGAAACCUGAUCACUGAUAACACCACACUUAAAGUAUGGAUAUGAGUUACUCUGCAAGACCUCCAAUAGAGAGGAAAAUGAAGCCACGUGCUCCCCCUCCACCCUCAAUGCCCCAGCCUGCCCCUCGCAAGAUCUUCCGCAGUGCCGUCACCGAUGAAGGAGCCGCUCACGACACCAAGGAGAAUGUGGUACAGAGCACCGUGGACCUCCAGAUCACGCUGCCUAAUGGCUAUGGAACCAUGGUCACUGUGGAUGGGAGGAAAGCUCUGAUGGACGUGUUGGUGGACUUGUGCGCUCAGUACCACCUGAAUCCAGCUGAACACACCCUGGAGCUGGCGUCAACUGAAGGCCAGCCCAUAUCCUUUAAGCCCAACACUGUGCUGGGAACACUGGAUGCCAGCCGCGCCCUCAUCAAGGAGAGAACUCCAGAGGAGCGGAUACCCAGGAGACCCGCGCCCAAAGUGCCAGAGAAGACAGUGCGGCUGGUGGUGAACUACCACCGCGGGCAGAAGGCAGUGCUGCGUGUGAAUCCGUUUGUACCCCUGCAAAACCUUGUGCCUGCCAUCUGCCAGAAGUGUGAAUUCAACCCUGCACGUGUGCUCCUGCUCCGUGACGCCGUCAGCCAGCACGAACUGGACCUGCACAAGUCACUCACCGAUCUCGACAUCCGUGAGCUCUACGUACUCGACCAGACACUGGUUCUCCAGCCUAAAAUGGUCUCGGCUCCUGUCCUAAACUUCUCAGCAGAGUCUCUCAACGCCGACGCUCAAAGUGCCCGUGGAGGUGAGAAGAAAGGACUUCUGGGUUUGUUGAACUUAAAUCGGAGGAAAUCAAAGACAGAAGAGUUCUCUGAUGACAUGGAUCAGCACAAUGGCAGGCUACUGCAAAACACACACACUAACAUCAAUGGUCUGUCAGCAGUCAGCGGCGUGUGUGUUGGGGCUCGUCCUAACACUCUAGGCCAAUCACAGUCAGCCAUGAACCUAUCCAUGUCAUAUCCCAAAACAGAGUCGAAGAAACGGCGUGCUCCGGCUCCACCCCGUCCUUCGGCUUCUCCACUCGUGCAGAGACAAAUGCAGUGCAGUCCUGCACCGUUGGCACAGACAAAACCGAGCUCGCCAAGUCAGCUAAAGAAACGGAAAGCCCCGCGUCCUCCAUCCACCGUUCAUCCCACCACCUCUUUACCAGCUCCCGCCGUGGCUGCUGCCCAGGUACCCAGUGCUAUGGCGACAUCCGACGACUCCAUGUCUGAUCUGAGUCACAGCAUUGAGGACUCGGAACCAAAUGCCUCCAUCUGCAGCAGCAACAGCAGCGACGAUGCCGCUGAAUCCAGUAGCCUGGCCGAGGAAACCAUGGCCAAGCCGGUCAUUGAAGUAGCAACAGGCUUGACCUCCAAGGUGAGACCAGUUCCAGAACUGAAUCAACAACCAGCACGCAGAAGCUUUGUUAAGCGAGAGCCUGAGGAGAUGGAACCUGCACUGGAGCUUAAAAUGGACGAAGUGGAUAACAACCGUCACAGUGCGACAGUCUGGCUGCACACAGCGAAACAACAAGAAGCUGAGACAGUGUCCAUAUGCAGCACUGAGAGCUUGGCCGAUCAAGGUUAUGCGGCGUCGGAGGGCAUGGUUGACUCUCCAAGUACCUCACCUGAGGACACGGUUUCCCUGGGUCCUGAUUCCUCUCUGAGCCCCACCCAGCCUCAGGAAGACUGCGACAGUGAUGAGGGUUGUGCCACAUGGGGCUCGCACCACAGCAGCGGAAACAUGCGACCCGGGAACCAAACAGUCAAGAGAAAUGAUGGCUAUAAGAAAGACGCAGAGACGACUGCCCAGAUCCACUUAACCUUGGCUGAUUUGGAUGCAAAGUUGGCAGAUGAAGUGAAUCACUCAGAUGAGGCAUCUGUGUGCAUGGACGAUGAGAUCCCUGUGUCCGUGGUUGAUAUGGAUGUUCCAGUUACAGCCAUUGACGAAGUCCUUGAUGACAGUCCAACCAGUUUGAGUGCUUAUGAGGCAGCACUAUUGCACAGUAACCAGAACAAACAAGAUGGAUCAAGCAAGCCAAUCGUCGAUCUCCAAAAUAAAAACAACAAUGCUUGCAUGUCAAAGAAAGCAAGUAUUCGUCCGUCCCAAGCAAAUCAGUUUCAGUCAGAUGACAAGAAGCAGGAAACAAAGACGGUCACUGUAAGCCCAGGGAUUAAAGGUAAAAGUAAACCGGAUAAACAGAAGCUGCCAGAAGCAUCUCAAAGUCCUGCAAUGUCUACGGUUACCCGUAGUGCACAGAAUGUUCCUGAAAGCAGACUUUGGCCUCCACCAACAGUACAGAGCCAUAGCAAGGAAAACCCAGAAGUGGACAGAGCCUUGUUUGUUAAAGCACAAAAUUUGAUCAGCCAGACACCGACGUCUAGAUUUGGGUUGAAAACGUUUACCGUUGUCCCUACCAAACCAGUCGGGUCCCAAAAUCACGUCCAGUCAGAAGGCUCCUUGCGUAUAGGUGCCAUAAAAAUUGAUGAGUUGGGGAACAUGGUCACACCGAAAGAGACUGAAGAUAAAUCUAAUGACCUUCCUGAGGCAAAUGAUGACCGAGAUUCUCCACUCCUUGAUAAAGCUAAGGCCUUCUGGAGCUCAGCUAGGAAGGAGAAUUCAGCACCUACUGCCUAUAAAAGAGUUUCUGUAAAGACUGGAGAAGCUGGAAAACUACUGGAAACCCCCAUAUCAUUACCUGUAACAGUCACAUCGCAGCCUACAGAAAAAUCAAGUCUUAAAGAACCACCAAAGCAGGUCAGUGGGCCAAGCACCAACCUCGCAUCUGCAGUAAUGAAAAAGCUUGCCGUUUCAGAUCCUGCAGAAAAUAUCUUUUUCUCAGAGCACAGGAAGAAUCUUACUUUCCUCAAGCCUUCCAGACGAACUUCAAGUCAUUAUGUAGCUUCAGCUAUAACGAAGUACACAGAGAAUUCCUCAAGCAAGGUAGAUGGAGUUCAUAAGUUUCCAGAAUCAACAUCUGCUGGACAAAAGCAAUUAACUAGCCAAGACUGUAAGAAUGACCUAAGACCUGUGCAAGCAGUAUCAAGUCAUAAGGCCUCAAACACAUCUGCAAACUCUGUGCCUUUUCUUGCUGGCACCAAACCUUACGCAAGUUAUACUGCAAAAAAGCAGGAAGUCUCCAGGGAACCACAAAUCAUUGGUACAGACAUAUCUAGCACUAAAGCUCUCAAUUCCCACCCAGUAAAUAGCAAGCCUCAACAGCAAGCAUGGAUUUCUACAUGCUCCGAACCCACUCUGUCUUCAUCUAAAGAGCACAUGUCCAUGAAAAAGGCCCCAGGAAACUCUUUGCCUCUAAACAGUGCAAUAAACACCACCCAUCCAGCAGUAGCAAAGAAACCGGAGUUACAUAGUCUUGGUCUCCAGCCAAGUCCAUUUGGGCCAGUGAAAAAGUUUAAGCCUGUGGUCCCAAAGUCGGUGGAGAAGGAGACCUCUCUCCACAGUUCACUCAUGGAGGCAAUUCAGUCAAGAGAGGGAAUGGAACGUCUCAGAAAGAUAUCUGACUCUUCCAGAACAAGCACCUUGAAGAAGCCAUCUUGCGUGGAACCUGAAAAUGAACGUUCUGCUCUCCUUUCAGCCAUCCGAGCUGAAAGUAAUUCAGCAAGACUUAAGAAGACAAGUUCGUCAGCCGCUGUAGAACUGGAGCAGUUCAGGAAGUCUGAGGACAACAAGACCGAACAGACACAUACAAGUCCCCCAGCUCCUACUGUGUUUGUACCUCCACCACCACCAACCUUUACACCGCCGCCUCCUCCUGCUUUGUCCUUCAGCAAGCCGACUGUGAUGCUAACUGCAGGGGGAAACCCAGAGUCUGCCAGAGAAGCACUUCUGGAGGCCAUCCGCUCUGGCACUGGGGCUGAACGGCUUAGGAAAGUCCCGGUGGUAACAAAAACGGUUAAAGUGAAUGGCAGACUUGGCACCAUCCAGACGUCAGCAUCGCAUCCUCAAGAGCCUUAGAAGCUCUUUUGGGUUUUUUGUGCGUUCGUUUGUUUGUUUAAGAUUUAUUUGAGGAAUUUUCCCAUAGCCAAAUUUCUUGUUGCAUGCUAACUCCUUUGCUAAAUGUAUUGCAUAAUAGGAUUAUUUAUUUUGUUAAUAGUCGCAUGCUGCUUUAAGUCUGUGCCAAUCCUUUUUAGUUUUCAUUUUUGAAUGAGGAAUCUUUGUUUUAAGCAGGAAAACUUGUUCUGUACAUCUUUCACAUCAGUCUUUACAAAUCCUAAUAAUCUAAUCAGUAUUUUGAAGGCAUUUUCUGUUAACACAUACUGACUUUAGACUGUCACACUCAAACUUUAAUUUCAUUUGGAUGCGAGAUUAGAUUUUUUUUUUUUUUUUAAUCUGAUUUUAUUUUUAGCUUUUCGUUUUUAAUAGUAAUCACGAUGACAGUGAAGGUACUCAGUGCUAAUUGUUUGACUGGUCAUAAUGACUAUUUUUUUUUUCUUGAAGCAUUGUAGUUAUAUAUAAAGCAAAAGAAGCGCUUUUGUAAAUUGUUCAAAUUAAUGUAGCAAACACUUUGUCAUACUUGAUCAAAGAUUAAUUUCAUAAAUACCUAUUCAUACCUUUUUCGCCAUGCUGCUAUUUGAUAACAUUUUAUGCCAUUUUGAUCAGAAGGGGAAAUGAAAAGUAACUACACAUUAUAAUAAAUAUAUCCAAUAUAUCAUUUAAUAUAUAUGAAGUGGACUGCAUGACAGACCUAGAAAAGGUCUGGACAGGUCUAACUUUAAAAUCCAUGGGGUCUUAUGGAUGAGAUCAUCGGAACGGAAUUUUUUGAUAGUUGUAUAUUUUGUACCUGUUCAAAAUUAGAAAUUGCAUCUAUGAUCCAUUUUGAUUAGAUGCCACAAUGUUGGUAUACAUUUUUUAGCUUCUACUUUUGUACAUGACGUGUGCAAUAUUUUUUUUUUUGAAGAAUUACACAAAUUUAGAUAAAAUCACUAAAUCAAUAAACCAUUUUGUAAUCAAUGACAUGCAGGUUUUGUGCAGCUUUGUAUCAUCACAUUAUGUGUCCAUGUGUCGAAUUAGUACAGUAUAUUACACAAGCACUUCUGUUCUAACUCGUAUGUUUAGGGAAGAGAACCUAAACCAUGCAGGGAAAAUAUUCAUAUUCAAAGUCGAGUUCCACAACAGCUUAUGUCAAAUUUCAGGUUAUUAAAAUGAUCUGUGUGAAGUUCAUGUCUCCAAGAUUGCCAGAUUUUUUUUUUGCUACCACCUUUAAACACAAGCACUCGCUUUUAAACACGAAAAAAUAAAAUCUCAGGGUUAGAAAAUGCGGACUGAAUAAGGAAACUUGUGAGGGGUUUUGUUUGUUUGUUGUUUUGCUGUAAAAAUGCAAUACGAUGUA